CGAAGACACACUACUCUGGACUGUAUGUACUGGAAUCCAAUCUAGAUAUAUUCCCAGUGACAUCUCCCACUCGACUGUCUUUAUUUCGGUUCUUGAUUCAAUCCCACUCCCUACAAGAAACAACCUCAAGAAACCAACCCCAAGAAAAGAAAGAAAGAAAGAAAGAAAGAAAGAAAGAAAGAAAGAAAAUGUCCUACCAAAUCACGACCGACUCGACCCUCUCCCCACCUAACGCCCCCGCCCUGAUCGCAUUCAUGGAAUCCUUCUACAGAACCAGCGACACCGAAGCGCUGCACGAUCAAUACGUGGCUAGUUUCACGAAUGACGCGACGCUGAUCAUGGGCCCGAAAACCGCAAGGGGGGAAGAUGAAAUCCGCUCCCUCCGCCACGGCCUCUGGACCCACGUCGCAAAUCGCAAACACUUCCCAACGCGGAUCUUCUUCGGCGCCGCGAACGAGCUCAUGCUCUACGGGACCGUCCGGUAUAUGCUGAGGGCUGCGCCGGAAACCGAGAUCGAGGUUCCGUGGGCCGGCAGGGUUGUGUUUGAUGAGCAGCGGGAGUUGAAGAUGAAGUUUUAUCAGGUUUAUUUGGAUCCUUCGGUUCAGUCGGGGAAGAAAUGAAACAUAAUUCAUUACUCUGGAAAUAAAGCCAACAG